GUGUCGUUGUUUUUCUAUUUUCCUAGUGCCCAUUCUAAGCAUCUUUGUCAUAGAUGGUGUCGUUGGGUUGGCCUUGAGCAAGUUGGGAGCAGGUUUCUGCUAAAAACUGUAUUCCAGGUAUUUCUUGUCUUCUUUUCAACAUCUUUUUCAUAGGUGGGGUCAUUAUAUUGGCCAUGCACAAGCUGCCAGCAAGCCUUUUCUGAAACCUGUAUUCCAGGUGUUUCUUGUCCUCUUGCCUUAACAUAAGCUAAAUGUUUAGUUUUUAGAGUUAAUGAUAAAGUUGCGACUCUUCUUGAAGGCCAUAAUGCGAUUGUUUUGUCCAAGGAAAACAACUCUCGUAUUCGUAUUACGGGAUAAAACAAGGAGGACUCCUUUGGAAUGUCUAGAAGCUGCCCUGAGGGAAGAAGUGCGGGAGAUAUGGGACAGUAUUCCUAAGUCAGAGCAGCACAAGGGAACUCCUGUCAGUCAUUUUUUUAAUGUUGAGGUCGUUGCUCUUUCUGAUUAUGAAGAAGAGGAAGAGCGAUUUAAAGAUGAGGUGGACGUCCUUAGAGGGUGGUUCUUGGAUAGUACCGCACCUGGUGGGCUGGCAGGAGAUCGAAGGGGGGCAGUUCCUAGUUCAGGAUUUUGUUUUAUUGCUCAGCGUAUUUGGAUGGUCAUUAAGGAGAAUAAGGACUUGGACUUGCCUGCGCACCGGGUCAUGGUUGCUCACAUACGAUGUGAAGAAAUUGCCGACGAACAUUAUUCCAGUCUUACUGAAAAUGAGGACUGGCUUUCGAUGAAGGAGGUUGCGCAGUUUGGAGCAAUUCCCGAUUUUGGAAAGAAACUGAGUUCCAUUCUUGACACGUGUUUAUCUGGGUACAAAUCACAGACUACGCAUUUCGAUGGGAAUGUUAGAUCUAAGAGGUGGAAGCAGCUUGAAAAAUGGUCACUUCGAGUAAAGAAGUUAUGGGGGUGGUUUUCCUUGCUUAAAGUGCUUCACUUUUUUGGGUUCUAUUGUAUGACUACCACUUCAAGCUGCUUGGAAUGUGCAAAUAUUUUUCUUUUUUGACACAUUUUUCUUUCAGAUGUUUUCAUUUGAAGUAAGCAUACCGUUGAGGACAUCUUAUCAUAUGUUGCAUAUUGUGUUUUGUUGUUUCGUCAGCUGGUACGACCAGCUUUCCAAGCAGUCCUUGGUCAUAUUCUGUAUGGAUGUCUAGGUGAGUUAAAGGAAAGAUUUGGUAAAGCUUUGGAAGGAGGGGAAGAGUUUUCAGUGGCUGCUCGUGACUGUACUCGGUCUUAUAUGGCCCUAUUUGACGAACGAUGCGCAGGUACAGCAAC